ACCGUCAUUUAAACUAAUAUCCACCCUCUCUCUCUCUCUCUCUCUCUCUCUACAAUCUCAGACACAGAGAGCAAGAAUGUUUGGGAGGAUCAGAUCCUCUUCUUCGCCGCCGGAGAGCUUGGAGAGGCCGCCUUCCAAGCUUUUCAAAGACGAUCCUCUCUCCAUCUACGAAGCAACACUCAUGAAGCUCAAAUUAGGUUCUCAACGCGAGCCAAGUUCACCCUCCCACCAGAUAGAAAUUGAUUCUGCUUUAAGCUCAUCUUGUGCUGGGGCUAUGGAGAUAAAGGCACAUUGUUCUUCUGCCACUACUUCAAAGAAUUCUCAAGACAUUGCAAUCUCUCCCCACGAAGAGGUAAUGGCCAUAGAUGCAGAGUCUUCUUCUGGAAGUGGUUCGAUUGAUUCUCAUUCUACGGGCGGCACAAAACAGCGACGGAACAGUAAUCUCUCUCUUCUUUACCUCUUUUCUAAGUUCAAGAAUUCCCGUCAGGCUGUAAGCUCAUCCUGUGAGGACGCAAUGGCAAUAGAGGAUGCUUGUUCUGCUAGUAUUUCAACAAGUUCAUGUGACUGUCAAUCUCUGGGUAGCAUGGAAUUGCAGAUGGAUCAGCAAUGUGUCAGCUCUUUACCUCUUUGUCAAAUGUAAAAUCUGAACUUGGGUUCUGAUCAAAUUCCAUUGUUGCCUACUUGCCUUCUGGGGCGCUUCAUUUCAGCUUGAUUUUGCUCUUCUGUACUGUCCAACCCAUUUUUUCUGCUGUACUCUCCAUGCCCACAUAAGCGAAAAUGCAGGGACGGAAUUAAGGAAGCA